AUGUCGGGGGAUCCAUUCGACUACAUAAGAUGGAGUGAAGGCGAUGGAGUUGGGGAAUCUAUACCUCAAGAUCAAGAUUCCUUUAUAUACGCUUUUCUAGAAGAAGCUAUCAAAAGAGAUAAAAAAAAGCAGAAACACGCCAAUCGUCGGGAGCACGAGAGACAAGCCAGUAACGAAGACGUUCGGGAACGUUCAGCACCGCGUGAUAAAGAGAAACAUCGACACCACCAUAAGGAGCGGCACAGAAUUAGGGAGAGAGACGAAAAGCCUUCCAGAGAACAUAACAAAUCGAGCAGUUCACCUAAAGCAGCGUCCCCACCACCAGUAGGCGUAGAUCAAACAAUGCUGCUCGAGACGUUUGCAAAGUUUUGUGCGCAAAUGAACGAUAAAAACAAUACCAGCUAUAGUAGCCAACCAGUGCCCCGAACUUUAAGUCACAAGUCCUUACAGUGUGAAGUUACUGAUAGGCGAGAUCCGUAUGAUGUAGAACGUCAACCGGCAUUAAAUCAUGCGAAGUCCAGGGAACUGGUGGCCACGUCCAGAAUACGAAGCCAGGAGAACUUUUCCUGCAGAGUUCGGAGCCACGACAAGAUCCCGGCUAUGUGUGAUGAGCGUGGGAAGCAAGAAAAAUGCUCAUGUUACUAUGAAAAGGAUAGUCCUAAAUACUCUAGCAAAUUGGACAUUAGCAGAUCAAGGAUGCGGCCCACGGAAGACGAAAGAUACCGGGAUUAUCCUCCAGUUGCCGUGGCCACUAGAAGCUGUUUAGAUCCGUACAGGGGCCGGUCGCCAGACGGGCGAGAAGAGAGAUAUAGAGAUUACGAGAGAGACCUUCGAGGACGACGUUACGAUGAUGACAAGAAGAGAUAUUUCGAACAGAAGACGAGCAGAAGCUUCGACGUAAAUAGGGAAGGGUACGAUGAAGAACGGAAUUGUCGCAGGACAGCACGCAGCGACUCGGUCAAGGACAGGAGAUAUGAAGACAGAGACAAGAGAUAUGAAGAAAUGGGCAAAUAUUACGACGAUAAGGGGCUAGAGACGCGGGAUCGCCAAAACGUUUUGAGUAAAGACCAACGCUUAAGGAGGAACGUGGAGAGAUUUGAGAGGAACUCUGUCGCAUCCAGGGAGGAUGCUUAUAGGGAGAGGGAUAGAGAUAGAGAGAGGGAAAGGGAAAGGGACAGGUAUUCUGAGAGGGAGAGGGAUUCCGGGCUGAGUGUGGCUGACGGCGAGACAAGCACUAUGAGCGGGCGGAGCAACUGUCUAAAGGUUGUGAAGCAAGAGAUAGCGGAACAACGUGAAGCCAUGGACAAAAUGAUGAAGCUUUGGAAGGAGCUCAUGCGUUGCUUCAAGGGGAUCUCACAGACACAAGGACAGGACAAAAAUAUGCGAGAUUCAGCGGCCAACGUGAAGGAGUCUGCGGCGGCGCAGUUACAGUUGUGGCGCGAGUGCAUGCGCCGGUACGAGACUGUCGCCAGGGACGUCGGGGAUACUGACGCUAGGCUUAUGGAGGAGAUCAAAAAGCAGCGCUCGGAGAUGGCGGAGAUGGCAAACAUGUGGCAGGAGUGCCUGCAGCGGUACCGCGACAUGAGCAAUGACUUCAAUAGCCUCAAACAACAGUUAGUGACCUCGGAGAGUCCGACCCGGUUGCCCGCUGCGCCGCUGGUGUGUGCCGAGGGCGAGGGCACGGUCCCUGCACCGCCCUACCGGUUACCGCCUCAUUAUCCACCGAACGUAGUGCCGCCCCCCGGGUACCCGCCAGGUGGGUCUCCGCUUCGGGGCCGGUCGUCCGCCCCGCAGGCGCCGCCCGCCUGGUGGUGGUGCGCGGAGGCCCCCACGCGGUCCCCGCGGCGACGCUCAUCGCCCGAAUCACGCACCAGCCGUGAGCGGGAACGUAGACAUCGACAUAAGGACAGAGACGAAUCCAGAUAUAAGGAGAAAAAUGCAAAACCAUCUGCUGCACGUUCGGAGCACAGACAUAGAAAGAGAUAACAUGUUCCAGUACAAAAUUCCAGUAACGACAACGCUGCCACAUGUUCUCACGACGCACACGAAAAAUUUAUUAAAGUUUUCAACUAAGAAAAAAUGUAUAAUUGAAAGCAAAAUUGGUGCGAAAAUUCGCUUAAUUAAAUUACAUUGUUUUUUGAUUUUUUAAUAAUGUGUCACGUAUCAAGUGGUUUUUGACUGUUGUUGCAAGUAACACAAUUAAAUGGACGAAAAGGC